AUAGAUAAGGGCGACCUCCAGGCCCUUGCGAACCCUAGCGCCGCACCCUCCCGCCCACCGCCGUCGCCGCCCAACCGCAGUAAGGAGGAAGGAGCAGGAAGAUGCCGGCGGGGCACGGGCUGCGGUCGCGGACCCGCGACCUGUUCGCGCGGCCCUUCCGCAAGAAGGGGUACAUCCCACUCACCACGUACCUGCGCACCUACAAGAUCGGCGACUACGUCGACGUCAAGGUUAACGGCGCCGUGCACAAGGGCAUGCCGCACAAGUUCUACCACGGCCGCACCGGGAGCGUCUGGAACGUCACCAAGCGCGCCAUCGGCGUCGAGAUCAACAAGCAGGUUAAUGGCCGCAUCAUCAGGAAGCGGAUCCAUGUCCGCGUGGAGCAUGUGCAGCCCUCCCGUUGCACGGAGGAGUUCCGCUUGAGGAAAGCCAAGAAUGACCAGCUCAAGGCGGAUGCCAAGGCCCGCGGUGAGGUGAUCAGCACCAAGAGGCAGCCUGUGGGACCCAAACCUGGCUUCAUGGUUGAGGGUGCUACACUCGAGACAGUCACUCCUAUUCCUUAUGAUGUGGUCAACGAUCUCAAGGGCGGUUACUAGAGAGAAUUUUUGUACCUUCAGCAGUUCAAACGAGCUGGCAAACUUAUCUGAAUCUUUUUGAUAAUUGGCUAGUUCUUCUGUUCUGGUGUUAUGAACUCAUGUGGCUAUUGCUGUUGGCGUCAAAAGAUUUUUUUUAUUGCCAUGGUUGAUUGCAACCUGUUAUUUUA